ACCUGUCUCUCUCCUGACUUUGGGCUCACACAGCUCGUAUUUACUGCGAAUCUCUAUUUUAUCCUCUGGGAUUCGGUGUUAGCAAGUCUCAUUUGAUUAGUCAAACUUGCUAUGGUCACUAUGCUCGGCCGACUCACCCAUUACGCCUUUGACGCUGUCCUCGUCUCUGCCUUUCUGGCGGGUGUGAGGCGUUCAACUGGUCUUACCCCCAGUCUCAACUCCGACAAUAUCACCGAUAACAAAGACUUCAAGAAAUGGAUGGAUAACUACCUCGGCGUUGGCGAGUGGGUGAUGGAUCAGUCCGUCGCUGUCCUCGGUUCCUCCAGCUGGUUCGAGCGCAAGCGGUGAAGUCUCUACUACAGAUACUCUGGAUCAACCAGAGUGACGCUUCGGGUCGAAAUGUAUGCGUUUCGGGGUUUCCUCUCAUCUCAGCUUUGGAGUUAGGUUCGUCAGAAGGGCGUAUCUUGUUACUCGCUUGAGACAAUGUGUCGAGGGAGUUGCAUGUCUUGUAAAGAUUAUCAAGAGAGCCGACGUGACUGGAAAUCAAGGGUCCUGCAUGGCGGUUUUACAUCAUGAGUGAUGAUUUCCUACCUUAUCCUUUAUUUUAUCCGGUCCGGUGGGCGGACCGCGGCGUUACUUGACUGAGUUCGGGGCUACAUUGCUUUUACGUCUUCCCCGGCAUACUCGCAUGUACAUAAGGUUGCCGGCCCUAGUACUACUAGCUGCAUUUAUUUCCUCGCAUUGCGCGGGUUAUAAUAACCAGUCUCCUUUUUUUUCUUUUUCUCUCUGUUGUGUGUAGGAUUAGACUAUAGGCUCGAACAGCUUUUGUACGGCUCGUGCCAACCUUGACAGAUCAUGUCAAAAAUAUGAAUAGUAGACGGUGUACACAGGUGUUCUGGAGGUAUCCAGAGGUUCUGGUUCCAAUCAUGGCUUUUCCAAUUUACCUCAUCACUGAUUAGCAUUGCGUGCACACACACACACACACACACACACAUAUAUAUAUAUAAAAUUGUGACUCGGGAGCCGCUUCAAUCAAUUGAAAUACUGU